CUCGUACCUGACAUCGACUUUUGUUCAGUACUCUUUUAUCAUGUGAUACUUUAGGAUGGCGGGUCAAAUGCACGUUCGAACGUGUUAUAAUUGUGGAUCUCCUGAUCAUUUAUGUCGUGAAUGUCCUCAUCGUGGAUUUGGUAGACCUCCUGCCACAGGGGCGAAUUCCACUCCUCUUGCUAAUCAGCCUCUCCUCGCAUUACCCCCUCCCUCCAGCUCAUCAUCUUUUGCUGUCACUAACAACUAUUCUAACGGUGCUACUCCUGCUGCGGCUGCUCCGACGUUCCCUGAACAGCAGUUCAAUCAAUCGCGGACGAAUUGGUGGAAGGUCGAUCAGGAAAAGCUAGAUAGAUGCCAUGCUCGUACCGUUGCUGAUGAAGAACGGGAGGCGAAGACGAAGCUAGAGGAGGAGAAGAUCAAAAAAUUUAAGGAGGAGGAAGAUAGGAAAGAGGAAUGGAGGAAGGAGCGUGCGCGCCUCGAAGAGGAGAUGGGUGCGCGUCUCGACAAGCGCCCGGAGAAGGUCUAUCCCCAUUUGAUCAACAAGGAUGAUGGUAUGGUUAGCCCAAACGAGGAGUUGGUGCAGCUGAAGAAGGAGAACGAGAAGUUGAGGAGGUUAUUACGUGGGGAUGAUAAUCAUGGGGAUGAGGUUGCAGCAGGAGAUUGCGGACUUGUGGAGGCAAGUUGCCAAGAAGAAGUUGGUGGAGGAUGAUAUUUUUGCACUACGGCAAGAGAUCGAACAACUGCGGGGUACGACCUUGGAUGUGUUUCAUGGGUAGGAAAAGUGCGGAAUUAUUUGGAUGAAUUGAUUCGUAGUGGCUUUGACUUUGAAGUAUGAGAGGGUCCGUUGGUAUAUCUCUUGGUUUCCCCUUGGUCCAGACAUACGUAUGUUGGGUCUACCUCCCGUUCCCUUCCGGCUGGCUGGAAUGAGCAUGUCUACCGCUGCCUGGAUCGUGAUGUGAUCGAUAAAGGUAAGCGGAAUCA